AUGGAAUGCUAUGGGUGCAAGACAUGCCUUGCCAAAGUCGACCACCUCUGCUUCUAUCACAAGAGCGAGCGCGAAGUACACCUCAUCUUCCGCCCUGAAUGCCGUUAUGCCCUGGACAAAACUAUGACUGUCCAGGAGCCUGCAAAGAAAAAGGCAAAAGUAAUCUGCAGAAGUUGCAACAUCGGGGUCGCCUCGGAAUUGCCUUUUGGUCCAAGCAGCACGCCGUUCGUUGGUUUUGCCGCUGAUUCCGUGGUGGUUUUGGCCACACCCUUGGGCAAGAAGCAGAAGUGGGCUGAGAUGUGUCGGCAUGAGCCAUUUCGCAGGAUUGAGGUCCGGACCGACGACACUUUCUUUGGGCCUAAAGCAUCCACUGCAAGCGUGCCGCCAUCUGAAACUGAUUCUUUCGCUUCGGGGCAAGUACCUGAGACGGUGGUCAUGAAUCCCAAAAUGGAUGUGAGACUUGCAGCCCAGCUGGAAGAGUUCUCUUGGCACGGCCUCACAGACACCUUGCCGCGGCCAUAUCAAAUAGAAGCAUUUGUAGAAUGCCUGGCUCGUGAUCUUCUGGUCAUAUUCCCGACGGGCUGUGGCAAGACCCUGGUUGCAGCACUGCUUUUGGCGCGUAUGGCACGGCUGAACCCCAAUCGCAUGGGCCUUUUCAUCGUUGAUCGAGUCCCACUGGUCUUUCAGCAGGGAGCUGCGAUAUCGAUGGAGACACAGUUGAAGGUCUGCCGGGUGUGCGGCGAGAACAAGACCAAAGCGACAAUGCGGGAGCUGAAGGAGAGCUAG